AUGAGCGAUGAGCUACUAGAGUUGCUAUACUUCAUUGCAAGUCAAAAGGAAGACGCUGAAAAAAUUGAUCUCGACAAGGAUGCUCUUCAAGCUAGCCAGAUGAAGGAAGGAACCAGCAAGGCCGCUCCUAUGAGUAUUCAUCCUGUCGCCCUAAUUAACCGAUGCAAGUCCAAGAAGGAUUGGUCGGUGCUGCUGGCUGGCGUCACGUUCGAUCCCAUGGAUCAGGAGCUUAUCGAGCACCUUGAGGCUAAACUGAGUGCUGACAGCGCGAGAUAUCACCCUCUCAUCAAUUUUUUCAUACCAACCAUCGACAGCGAGCAUGGCAUAUGCUACACCCAUCCUGAGAAACUUCCAGGUAUCACACUGAGUGGCCUAAGCAAGCAUUUCUUCCAACGCAACUCUAGGGCGUUCAAAAGGGGCAAGCGGACGCGUCCCAAGAUACAAUCGGAGUGCGGCAUGCACGUGAUGUGGCAAAAGACCGGCAAUACCUUGCCGGUGAUGGUUAACGGCCGGCAGACGGGCAGCAAAAAGGUUCUGGUGCUGCACACCAACAAGAACUUCCACCAGCAAAGGACCAACUGGGUGAUGCACCUGUACCACCUAGGGGACCUGGAGCAAGAGAAGGAGAGGGAUCUGGUCCUCUGUAAGAUUUUCUACCAGACGAACACUAGGGCCGGGACUAAACAUAUUAUAAGUUAG